GUGCUGCAAGGAACAGUAUAAAAGCGCCUCUGUUCUUUACUGUCAGACUGUUAACCAACAAGGGAACCACCACUUUCUGCAUCAUGGAUAUCGCUACACUCUUUGGCGUCAAGGGCAAGACAAUUGUAAUCACAGGCGGGUCGUCAGGAAUCGGGCUCUAUAUGGCUGAGGGACUGGUGGCCAACGGGGCCAACGUCUACAUCACCAGCCGCCAGGAGAAGUACCUGAAGGACGAGUCGGAGCGGCUGACAGCAGAAGGUCCUGGAACCUGCAGCUACGUUGUGUGCGAUCUAGUUGAUUACGAGCAGGUGCAGGCGCUGGCAACCAAAAUGGCCGAGCUUGCACCUGGCGGAAUCGACGUCCUGGUGAACAACGCGGGGCGAUACACGAAUGGCGACAUUGAGACGAUGCCUGACCAGGGAUUCGGUAACGACCUUCUGCUGAAUCUGCAGCGGCCGUUCACGGUCACACAGGCGCUGCUGCCGCUGCUGAAGAAGACGGCCAGCGCAGAGAAUCCAGCGCGGGUCAUCAACGUGGCAAGCAUCUCAGGCAACCAUGUGCUGCUCGGCACCACGUACUCGUACAAUGCGUCCAAGGCCGGGCUAAUCCACCUGACAAGCGACAUGGCGUACAAGCUGGCGGCAGACCACAUCAACGUCAACAGCAUCUCGCCGGGCAUGUUCCCGUCGCGCAUGCUGCGCGAGCCACCAGCCGACGCAAACCCGCUGCCAAACAAGGUACAGGACUACUGGAAGAACAACACGCUGACGAUCCAGGAGAUGGUGCCGCUGGGCCGUACAGGCAGCGAGCAGGAUAUUGCAGGCGCGAUCAUUUACCUGGCGUCUCGGGCCAGCGCAUACGUGUCGGGGAUCAACCUGGUGGUGGAUGGCGGGUACCUGAGCAAGCCAAUUUAAGUUGUACAUAGCACCGCAGCUGCGGCCCUCGACCAUGGUGCAUGCUAUCAGCUGAGUGGACUUUCUCAAGCACAUGUGCCUGAAGCUGGCAAGAGCUGGCACAUGUUGCGCGUCAUUGCCGCUUGUCUGCUACUGGCACACGCCAUCAUUCAUGGAAAC